AUGUCUACAGCCAUCUACUCUUCUCAACACCUCAGUCAUCACUCAUACCCUCGCGCUCCGCCGUCACCCCCCAUGGACGAGGCGCCAAGAUGCUCGCUCCCGUCCAUCUCCAACCUCUUGGUCAUGGCAGAUGCCGGCUCUCCCACGGCCGAGCAUUCUCCUGUCAGCUAUCACCAAGCACCACCUGCUAAGCUCGAGCUGCGCCCCAGCUCCUCUCACUACAGCAGCAGUGGCCCCUCAAAAGCCGCCCUGCCUCCCACACCACCCAUGAGCUCUGACAUCUCGUUUGAUGGCCGCCGCUCUCCCUCGUCAAGAUCCGUAGCCUCUUCGCAAGGUUACUUCCAUGAAUCCACGCCGCCCGUCGAAGAUGGCCAACGCAUGCUCCUCUCAACAGCCGCGCCACCUCGUAGCCAUGUGCUUCCUCCGUCAUCCUUCUCUCAGAGGCCUUACCCCCCGGCAUUUGCAACGCAGCCUCCGUCCGCCCAGCCCCACGGUCCUGGUCUGUACUACCAGCAGCGCCCGCUGCCAACUUCGUUCCCUCCUGCCCCAGUUCCUGCACCGAUGCCUAGCGCUUCAUCCGGCAGCAACCCUUGGCAACACCACCACUACAUCUCGCCAUCAUCGGCUGCCUCUUUUCCGCAAUCCCAAGAUCGCUACAUCUGCCCUACCUGCAAUAAGGCCUUCUCUCGGCCGAGCUCUCUUCGCAUCCACAGCCAUUCUCACACGGGCGAGAAGCCAUUCAAGUGCCCUCACAAUGGUUGCGGUAAAGCCUUCAGCGUUCGCAGCAACAUGAAGCGUCACGAACGUGGUUGCCACAGCUUCGACGGUAGCGUGGGCAUGCAUUAA